AUGACUCCGAUACAUUUCGCUGCUGAAUACUGUGCAUUGGAGGUAUUGGAAACGCUGCUGGAGCAUGGGGCUGAUCCACAUAUUCCUUCAACUUCUGGGGUUACUCCAUUCUACCGGGCUUGCCGUGGUGGAAACUUGGAUAUAGUGAAGAGACUCAAGGGGUGUGGUUGCGAUAUCAAUGUACGGACUUGGGACAACUGGACACCUAUGAUUGAGGCAGUCGAGAACGACCACGAGAGCAUUGUUGAUAUCCUUAUCGAAUGGCACGCCGAUGUAUCUACCGUCACAGAAGACGGCACGACGGCGCUUUCGAUUGCUGAAGCUCUCGGUCAACUGACAAUCGUGGGAAAGUUCAAGUGUGCUAUUAGUGGAUUACAAGAGACUAUGCCCAACGCCUCACCUGAGACUUUGGCUUAA